AUGUCAACGACCAAGAAUAUUGCGUGUAGCAUACCCUCCCCUUGUCCACCACAUCAUCCCUACAGCCCCCACAUCCAACUUGGAAAAGAGUCAUCGGGCUUCCUCCUAUUGCUUCUCAGGCAAAUGCCCCAUUCCACGCCCCCAUUGAGCGCAUUCUGA